CCUCACUAAUGGAGGGAUUGGACAGAGGGAUGAGGUUGAUGGAUGUCUAUUAAAUUCAAUGGCUAAUUUGAUAUUUUGAACAAUUGGGGGUCGAAUUUGGCUGACCCUUGUUAGGAAAUUGGGUAUUUACUCGUUAAAAAAAUCAACAAAGUCGUAUAUUGACACAGGAAUGAUCGUGCAACAACUUCAAUUUUCCCCUUUUGAACCCUAGCUCUGUCUCAAAUUGAAGCGUGUCGUAGACAACAACUUUGAACCAACCCUUCUCUUUCAGAGGUUAUCUGCUUUUCCUGGAACUAUUCUAUCGUUUGCUUGAGCUUGACAUGGGAAGAAAACGAUCAAAGUCUACACACCUGACAAUAAAAGAUGCAGAGCUGGAUAGAAUUAGUUGCUUACCAGGUCAUGUAAUAGAUCAGAUUCUCUCACUCAUGCCAAUUAAAGAAGCAGUGAGAACAAGUGUUUUAUCCAGCAGCUGGAGGAACAAAUGGUACACACUACCAAAUCUUGUGUUUAACAAACAUUGCAUCUCUGUUGCAGCUUCCAAAUACACUUCAGUUAUCAAUAACAAGUUUUUGAGAAUUGUUGAUCAUGUACUUUUACAACAUUCUGGUCCAAUCAACAAGUUCAUGUUAUCCGACAAUGAAAAUUGCCUCAUUCGUGUAUGUGAUGUGAGUGAUGUUCAUCGUUGGGUUCUUCAUCUAUCUAGAAGGUCUAUAAAAGAGCUUCUGCUGCACUUUUGGUUAGACAAACGUUAUAAGAUACCUUUGAGUUUAUUCUCUUGUCAAAGUUUACGUCAUUUAAGCUUAUCUUGUUGUCAACUUAAACUUCCAACAACGUUUGAAGGUUUCAAGAACCUGCAAUAUCUUCAUCUGGAAGAGGUUACACUGGCUCAAGAUGAUUUUGAAAACAUGAUAUCUGGCUGCCCUCUACUUGACCAUUUGGUAUUGAUGAAAAUUGAUGGCUUCUCACAAAUUAAUGUUCACGCACCAAAUCUCAGUACUUUUCAAUUUUAUGGUAAAUUUGAGGAUAUUAGCUUUCAAAACAGUUCCCAAAUAUAUACAGUAUAUGUUGAUUUAAGUAUUUAUCUGAACUCCAAAAGCAAUCAAAGUAAAUUGCAUGGAUGCUCUAGCAAUUUGCUCAAAUUUUUCGCCCACCAACCUCACAUACAGUUCUUGGAGAUUGGUUAUUAUUUUUUAAAGUAUUUGGCUGCAGAUGAUGUGCCAGUAAAGCUUCCUGCACCUUGUAUCAGCCUAUGUGAGCUUUCCUUAUGCAUAAACUUCAAUGACUUGAAGGAAAUUUCAGCUGCUCUUUGCUUGCUCAGAAGCUCACCUAAUCUUAAAAAAUUAGAAAUAUUUGCACGGAUUGAGGAGGAGACUGUCCUUUUAACGCCCACAUCCUAUUGUUGGGAAGAUAUCUUUUCAGGGCCAGCCAUGCCCAUUCAAGUACAACAUGUGACAAUAGAUGGCAUCUCUGGUAUCAGAUCAGAAUUAGAUUUUAUUCGGUUUCUACUUCGAUAUUCUCCUGUGCUAGAAAAGAUGAUUGUGAAGCAUGUUGUAAACGUCCAACCGGAGUUGAUAACAGAACUACUUCGGUUCAAGAGAGCGUCGGAUGAAGCUGAAGUUAUUUACCUAGAAAAAGAAGAAGAAGCAAGUGAACAAAGUGAAGCCGGCUAGAUUUAACUCAGCCGGAAUGAGGACAUGUGCCCAAAAGGGUAGCUCCAAAGCUGCCUUGGAAGCUACAGAAUAGUUGGUUUAAUUGCAUUAGAUUAGCUAGUAAUAUCAAUCAUUUUCUUCCAACUUUCAUAGAGAGGGUAAUGGUGGACUAAGCCACCUCCUUCCUUAGGACUUUUCCUUUUUAGGGAGAGAUCUGGUUUUUCUUUUCCUUAGUUCUCCACUAUGUGCCUUUGUUGUAUUGGUUCAGGCAUCUUAUGUCUUUUAUAUUUUAGUGCUUUGAUAAAAAAUAAAAUAAAAACAAGACUCCUCUUCAGUGAAUUUUAAAAGUUUCUUUGGGUUGUA